UUUAUAACUCUUGAUGUACCUUGCUUUCUUUCUUCAUAAAUUCGUCGUCGGAAAAUAUCCAACAACUUCCUCUCUCUCUCUAUAGAAAUCGAUUCUUAAAUUUAAUUAAGUUUACUUUUUGGAUUAGGGUUAGGGUUUCAAACUGCGAAAGCGUGGUGAUUGUUUGGAUUGUGUAAUAAUAAUACCAUGUAUGCUGAUCGAGUGGAAGCUGCAGCGAAGACGUCAAUAAAGGAUCGCCUUAAUGGCAGCAGCGUAGACGAUUCCGGACGCCGAAGGCAAAUCGUCCGCAAGAGGCAGAGGCAGGAUGAUGACAAGUGGGAACACGAUCUCUACAAUGAUGAACCUCAAGUUUCAGAUCGCAGAGUUGGUCCCAAAGAUCUUCGUUUGAAGCUUCAGAGAAAAAAUCUCCAACAAGCAACUCAAAGUGGAAAGGGAUCUUUUUCAGGAGGUGUAAAGGAUUUGCGUGAAAAGCUCUCUGGUAGCAUGCAUUCAAAGCCUGUGAACACUAAUCCUCCAAAGCCAAAAUUAGUACUUGAGGGCAGUAAACCAGCUAAGAAAAGUGUUGUUGUUGACGCCCCUGUGCCUGAGACCAAAGGAGUUGCCAGCUCGGUUUCUAGAAAAAAGACUCAGCAAAAGGCUGAAUCGGUGGACGGUUUCCUGCAGUCCCUGGGUCUUGAAAAAUACGCAAUUACAUUUCAAGCCGAGGAAGUUGAUAUGGACGCCCUUAUACACAUGAGUGAUGAGGAUCUCAAAGCCAUAGGAAUACCAAUGGGUCCAAGAAAGAAGAUACGGUUGGCAUUGGAGUCAAAAGUUUGACAUUUGGAAGUGGACCAGGUCAUUAGAUUGUUUGCCUGGAUAUCAAUGUUUUGGUCUAACAUCCGACAAAUCAGCAGGCCUGUGUUUUAAUUGGUACGAAGUGUCUGCAUGUAACUUUUCGGGACUGAAAUUGUCAAUUGUAUUGCUGAAAAUGGCUUCAAUCAGCUAGAAGAUUGAGAGCAACUUAAAUUUAACGAGUUUUAUGCUUUAUUUUAUCAAGUUGUUUCUCCGAGUCAUUUGAGAGCUUUUUUCAACAUUGGAGGAAGUGACGAGUGUUUAUGAAGUAGUGGCGUUAAGUCUAUUUAGUGCCCUAUUUGCGGUGGUGAGUGUUCAUGAGGUAGUGGCGUUAAGUCUAUUUAGUGCCACCCACAUUCAUUCGUACCAUGUACAUGAACACCUGUUAAAAAUGAGCAACAUCGUAUUUAAGAUUUUCAUCA